AACAAUGGCUAACUGUAUGGUUUUUCACACUCAAAUGGCCUCCAUCAUGGAGGUGCUAGCGAAUGCAGCUGUAGCAGAGAUCUGUAAACUCGUAGACGACGACUAUGCAGUGUUUCGUUUGGAAAUAACUCAAAGCCAGAAAGAAAACAGGGGAUUGCGAAGGAAACUACAGCUACUGGAAAUGAAAGUGGCACGGGAGCGCGCAGAGAGGACAAUGAGAGAGCGCGUCCUCGCCAGUCGUCCCAGUAGUGUCAAGAUCCUCGACCGACACAGAGGAAUGGCAAGAGGUGAAGGACAUCUCACUGGAGGCUACAGGAGCUCUGUGAAGCCAGCGGGACACAAUACAUGGAGAGAUGACCAACCAAUCACUGUUGAUGAGGGGAGUGGAACCUCAACCCAGAACGUUAUCAUGCUAGAGUCUGCAGACGCAGAGGCUGCAGGUCCUGGAGUCAAGCAGGAGAGGUCUGAAGGAGAGGAGGACACACAGCACAGCAGAGACAUCCAGGCUGGAGCGCCCCCUGUAAGCACAGAGGAACCCACCACUGUCCCAGCACAGCCCAGGACCCGACGCAGCAUCACGGAGGAGGAGGAGGGUCCAGAGGUGCUGCUGGUGAAGGAGGAGGGUUGGGGGAACCCUGAGGGGACCAUGGUCAUAGAGGACAACCAGACUACACCACCUUCUGAAAUCACAGAGGAACCAGCUGAGCAGCACAGGACCACACACAGUCUCCCUGAGCCAGUAGACAUGGAGGAUGGGAAGCCUGAUCUGCUGCUGGUCAAAGAGGAGACGAUAGAGGAUGGACGAGAGAGCACUGACCUGCUGAGUGGACUAAAGAUGGGGGAGCAAGGUGGUUGGCUGGAGGCUAACAGAGGAGACUGGGCAGCCAUCAUGGAUACCCAGACGGGUGCAGCCAAGGGCCCAGCGGAUAACAUCACUGAUCAGGCCAGGACCAGAGAUGACAUAUUGGAGUCUGCAGUCCAUGAAGACCUGCUUAUAUCCAGUGUUACUGGUGGGAGAGAGUGGACCUCUGAAGCAACUGAUCACAUACCCUGGCCCCGGAUCAGAACCAUGGAUCAGGAGCCUUCAGUCUUCCUUCCCGAGUUGGAACAAGGACCCAACCAAGAGGGACAGAGACUCAUCCACCACCACACAGAACACAACCAGUGGACAAGUGGAUUGAACAACCUCAGUCCUGGUGGUCAUCAGAGAGACCGAGGCUCCAGUCAGGGAUCCAGUCUGCAGCCCAGACCCUUUUCUUCACAGUCUCAGUGCGGGGAUGAAACCGGGCCUUGGGCUGAUAGAGAUAGACCCUCCUGUUCCUAUGAUACAAACACCACAGUAUCCAUGAUGAACAGAGCAGGUUACCCUGGGUUUCAGCCUUCACAGAGAGUGACAGGAGACCAGAGUCUAACAGGAAGUCUGUCUUCUCCUUCAGGGUCUUAUCUAAUGACUCGUGACUGGGUUCAUAGAAGGCCUGAACCUGUGUCUAGUCUUCCUCAGUUACCUCCUGGUUACCCCACCAAUACAGACAGGGUCAGGAUGGGCGUUCACAACAAGAGGUACCUAGCCUAUAACACAGAACACAAUUCCAACAACACCCCGACAAUGGCUAGAGGUCAAGGAAGGAGUUCAAAGAUUAACCACCUGAGGGUGGUGGUUCCUGCUUCUACCUCCUCUGGUGUCAUUGGGUCACAACGUGGGAGGCCGAGCAUUAAGGCAGACGCCGACAAGCUGUACAUCUGCCCAACGUGUGGGAAGCGCUUUGCUAAAGCAAACUAUGUGAAGGAGCACCAGACCAUUCACACCAAGGAGAGGCCCUUCAAGUGUAAGCUGUGUUACAAGAGCUUCUCCUUCCUGAGUAACCUUAUCAGACAUAGGAGUGUCCACAAUGGAGAGAAGCCAUUCAGCUGUACCCAGUGUCACAUGCGCUUUGCCCAUGCUGGCAACCUGAAGAGGCACCAGAAGGUCCACACGGUAGAAAGUCUACAGCUGACCCCAGUGUGAGAAGAGGUUCUCCCACCAGCACCAGCUGAAGAUGCACUUGAAGGUCCACACAGGAGAAAGGCCAUUCACCUGUACACACUGCAAGAUGUUCUCAGAGAGGAGCUACCUCAGGAUACACCAGCAGAAAAUGCACACAGCCCAUGUAUAGAGUAUAGUGCAUGUAAUGUAGUAAUAGUUAGUUUGUAGUUAAUUCUGUUGGUUUUGGGUGUAGUAGGGAACUGGAUGAGGUGACAUGAGGGAAGGACGAUUAUGAUGAGGUAGAGUAGAUGAUAUGAUGUUUGGUGUGAAGGUGUCUGUAAAAAUGCUUUCCUGAUGAAGAGUGAAACUGGCCCUUUAGUUUGAUACUUGUGUUUUAUAGUGAGGAAAUGAUAGUGCCUUAAUUCAUGUUUACUUACUUGUAAUUACAUUUUAGACAUUUAGAAGACGCUCCUAUCUAGAGCGACUUACAGGAGCAAUUAGGGUUAAGUGCCUCAAGGUCUCAUCAACAGAUUUCUCACCUAGUCGUCAUGGAGACUUGAACCAGUGACUUUUGGUUCUUAACUGCUAGGCUACCUGCCAGCUACUUGACAUAUAGUAGGGAAGAUAUGGACCAAACUUGUUUUUGCGUGGAUUCUGAGACGCAGUUAGCUUUUAACAGCUAGGAAACACCGCUAACCAAACAACAGUGCUAGGUGGCUGUACUACAAAAACACCGGUCGUCGUCGUGGGAAAGACGCAUUGUUAAAAACUUUUUGUAAACAACUGGUUGCAGUAAAGAGCCAACCUGGAUACUAAGGAGAUCCAGAGGGAAAUCGACGAGUAUCAACAGCUUUACGCUAUGGAGGAACAACAUACUCCAUGGAAAGAUCCAGCUACCUCACAAAAUAACCCCCCCCAAAAAGACAUUCAGCUACAGAAAGACGAUUUACUUACCGUUUAAGUAGAGGCUAGUGCUCUGGCUGGAAUCCAUGCAACACUGGAAAAGUUGUAUGAGGAAGUAGCAGGGCUGAGGGGGGAGUCUGGAGUUUAGCCAGAGUAAAAUAUUAAUGCUCCAUGGAGAGAACAAGACACUCACAGCCAAGGUAAAAAUCCACAAUUCCAACAUGGAUUGUCAACUUAGGAAAAACAGAGUGAUGAGGGAGUCGCUCCUAGACAUACAAAGUCAUAGCAUGCGUGAAAAUCUAAUAUUUUCUCGGAUUCCUGAGGACGCAUCCAAUAAUCCAGAGGGCGUGAUCAGAUAAUUCAUGCAGUCCGCCUUGAAACUUCCUCUAGAGGCUGUAAACAAGGUGUCUUUCCACCGAGUACACAGACUUGGUGCUCAGAGUGACAAGACCAAGGGUCCCUGACAGAUCAUCGCAAAAUGUGAACGCUACCAACAAAAGGAGCUGAUCAAAAGCAGGGGAAGGGAGCUUAAAGGGACCAAAUUCGGUCCUAUUGACCAAUUUCCAUGUGAGAUAAAUGAACGUUGUAAGAGGCUGUAUCCUGUACGGAGGCAACAGAGGGAGAGGGGUAAGCGUGCCUUUCUCAUUGUGGACAAUCUCUUUAUAGAUGGACAGCUAUUCGAGACAGCUCCAUAACACCAUGGCUGUACUAAAUUCCACAGAGACUUCAGGUUACAAAAAAAAGAAAGUAUGGGAACUGUAAAUAUGAACACACGUACUCAAUUACAUGCUCGCUUACACAUACAGACUUAUACAAAUACACUUGAUCUCGCUCUCUUUCACUCUUCUCUUUUCUCCCACUCUCCCUCUAUUGUCAAACUGUUCUAUAAUUUAAUGCUUCUUGUUUGGCUAUAUUUUCUAUAUCUUUGUCUACAUGUUUACAACAAGCAAGGGGAAGAUGGCAGAAUAGGAUCAUUGGGGAAUAAUAACAUAUUGUACGGGAUACAUUUGUACUGUAUUGAAGCCGUCUAUAGUAAUGCAAGAUCUCUUUCAAAAUCAUGUGAAACGUCAAUUGCUAUGGAAAUGCUGGGAUGUGUUUUCAAUGAUGUAAAGGUAAUUAUGAUACAAUAUGGAUUGCAAUUAUCAACAUGGAUAUUGUUAGGUUCUAAUUCUCAGAGUAAGAAACUCAAUGGACAUUUAUGAAAGCUUAACCAAGUUUAUUCUGCUCAAAGGGUCAGUACAGCUGCAUCAGACAAAAACAUUUUCCACCACCACAAGUAUAUAUACUCCAAUUUAGGCACUCCCCCCUGACCUGACCUCAACCUCCUUGACACCUUAUCCAAAGAUCUCUAACCUUCUCCCCUAACACAUUCCAAAGCCAUCUGGCUCCUACAGAUGACCAUUAACUUCUGAUGUAAAAAUCAGUCUCUUUCCAUCCUUAGAUACUAUACUUCUGAGUAUAACAAUGUUCCAAGUUUAACCCAGAAUCAAACAAUAUUAAGGCUAUACGCACUACAUGUUACACACAUAGACAAACAUGCAAAUUGGCAGGGUUAUUUAUUUGGACAUCACACAUAGUUUUAAUCUUAUACAGACAUUGUACACACACUCACUAAAUCACAUCAAAUAUUAUACAUCAACCUACUCAGAUUUACUACUCACAUAAUAUCUUGUCUCAAUUUUCUAACAUCUGUGGCAUUGGCUCCCAGGCAAACAGGCAACUGAAUAAAACACAUUUCUAGAAACAAUUUCUUGAAUUCUAAAUAUCAGACUUGAAAGCUCUAAUUUUGACUGUCAUAAUAACAAUGAUGGCAGUAACUUUACAAGCACUAAUUAUGGUCAAUUUAGACUGAGUAUAAUAUCUAGUAAGGGGUGAAAUAAGUAUAGCCAGUUAUAAUUGUA